AGUCGCUCAACGAUCGUCAGAGAGAGUGGAUUUAUUGGUGGAGCAAUUUCCCUCUGCAGUGUUAUAUUACUUCUUAUAUAUAUCAAAAAGUGAAAUUUGUAGACAACAUUGGUGGUCCAAUUGGACACAAAUGAACAUACAUCAAUUUGUCGUGAUUAGUUGGGAUUUUUUGCACCUUUGUGUAAACUUCCUCUUAAUUUUAAGAGGAAAUUUCGUUGAUGACUUUUGAAAGUCCUAAAUGGAUUUUCAAAAGUAUAAGAGAAAAUAUUGGUAUAUUGAGUGAAAGAAAAGAGCCCCAAGGGGAGAAAAUAGCACUAGUGAAAGAAGGUGUAUAGCAAAAAGGUAUCAAUUGUAAUUAAAUAAACCGUGAAAAUUGUGGUGUUAAAAGUGUUUUUAGAUUGAGGGAGUUAAGUGACUUGCAACAGAGACAUUGAGAAUAUGAUGUUGAUCGUCAAGAGACAGAUCCUCAUCUGUUUAUUGACCUCUUGAGCUUGAAACGGUGCUUUACACGGUGAUUUUUUGGCUGAAAACACCUUUUUUCGGGUGUUUAUUGUGUUGUGUGCUCAAAUUGCUACAGAGUACCAAGCCAGUUAUUUAGCUCAUACUGUGCUUUCAUGAGAGACAAAAUUAGUGUGUUUUGAGCCAAACACCAAGAAGUGUCGAAGGGGCGCUUAAAAGAGUCAAAGAGAGUGACUAAGUAAAGAGUAAUUAAAUACAGGCUGGUGAAUUUUCUUUGAUGAGACACAGCCCGAUGCGAGUUUUAGACUUUUAAAGAGAAUUCAGUGAUGGGAUGAAAAAUGUGCAGUGAAUUUUAAGAUGGGUUUUUCAAUCUUUCUGUUGAAGUGAGGGAAAAACUUGGAGUGUAUGUGUGUGUGUUUUUUUCUUUUCUGAAAAGAAAAUUUUGCCAUCAGGAGGACGUAUUUUCCAACUUAAAUCACCACUCAUGUCCACGAAUAUGGUAUUCCUGAAGGAUUUAUCAGCUAAAAUCAAGGGUUAUUUAUUCAAUGGAGAAUACAUUAAGCAUCCUGUCCUGUAUGAAUUGAGCCACAAGUAUGGAUUCACAGAUAAUUUGCCAGAAAGUGCACUCCCAAAUCGCUUGGAGGAGAUUAAGGAGGCAAUUAGGAGGGAAAUCAGAAAAGAAUUAAAGAUAAAAGAGGGUGCUGAGAAAUUACGUGAAGUGGCAACAGACAGAAGAUCACUCUCCGAUGUAGCGUCCAUUGUGAAGAAAAGCAACAGCAAAUUGGCUGAACUCAAGUCAGAAUUGCACGAGCUCGAGAGUCAAAUAAUUCUCACUCAGGGCAACAGUGUCACCAGCAAUGGUCAAGACAUUCUCUCGUCAUCGGAAAUGGCACCAAGUAGUGGUCCCGAAAUGACACCAAAUGAUAAACUUCUCAUGUCACUCGAGAAACAGCUCAAUAUUGAGAUGAAGGUGAAGAAUGGUGCUGAAAAUAUGAUACAGUCAAUCUCGGGUGGACACCAUGGGAGGGAUAAGAAAUUGCUGGCAGAAGCACAACAGAUGCUGGCGGAUUCCAAAGCCAAAAUUGAAUUUCUCAAAUUGCGCAUUCUCAAGGUGCGUCAGAAUAGGCACGUGAGUCAAGUGUCUGAGGAGAAUGGGGAUGUUAGGCCACGUGAUUUAGAGACAUCCCUGGAGGAGAGAAUUGAGGAGCUUCGGCAUCGUCUGCGAAUUGAGGCAGCUGUUGUUGAUGGUGCAAAAAAUGUGAUAAGAACACUGCAGAAUAGCAAAGUUCCGGACAAGAAAGCCCUCCAAGAGGCACAAUCUCGACUGUCAGAGUCUUCGAGGAAGUUGGAUCUUCUGCGGAAGGCGCUGGAAUUGCGACGGAAUGAAUUGCCACCAGAUUCGCCGGCUGCUAAGCAGCUUAAGCGAGAAUUACAGAGUGUUCAGGCUUCGAGUCCAGUUCCCGUAACUUAUACAUCACUCCAGCCCUUCCGUGGGGGAUCCGAGGGGAAACCCGUGCAGUCGCAUUCGUCUCUGAGUCGAUGUGCUGCUGUUACGGGGAAACUCGAGGUAAGAUUAAUGGGGUGUCAGGAUCUUUUGGAAGAAGUUCCAGGAAGAUCACGACGAGAUAAAGACACCACAUCCAGUCCAACGGGAGAUUUGAGGAGCUUUGUCAAAGGGGUAACAAGUAGAAGUUCCUCCAAGAGUUACAGCGUGAAGGAUGAGACAUCAUCGGAAAUUAUGGCUAUCAUUAAACUGGACAAUAUCACAGUGGGUCAGACAUCGUGGAAGCCCUGCUCACAGCAGGCAUGGGAUCAGCGCUUCUCAAUUGACCUAGAUCGGUCGCGAGAGUUGGAAAUUGGCAUUUAUUGGCGCGACUGGAGAUCACUGUGUGCUGUCAAAUUUCUCCGAUUGGAGGAAUUUAUCGAUGAUAUCCGUCAUGGAAUGGCACUACAAUUGGAACCACAGGGAUUGCUGUUUGCUGAGAUUAAAUUCCUCAAUCCCAUGAUCUCACGGAAGCCCAAACUUCAGCGUCAACGGAUGAUUUUCAAUAAGCAACAAGUGAAGAAUAUCCCAAGGGCCAAGCAGAUGAAUAUCAAUGUAGCCACUUGGGGGAGACUCCUGAAGAGGAAUACACCGUCCAUCCAGAGCCAACAGACACCACAGCCGGCAACACCAACGACAGUUGGCCAUGAAAGUGGAAGUGGACCUCAGCCAACGCAAUUGGUCUUUGAUACGUCCAUCACGGAAAAUGAUCCCGUGGAGACACCUGGUGAAAAUCCAGAUGUCAAUAUUGUGGGUCUUAGCGGUGCCAGACCUCUUGGUAUUCAGGGAAUGGCUAUUUUGGGCCAGGAAGCUGCUGCUGUGGUCAAUCAGAAGAAUCAGAAUAACAAUGCAAGUGUGUCGAUGCCACCGCCAAGACCACAGCAACCGCCUCCAAUUCUCACAUCCUUCCAACAGAAGAAAUCUCCGGUGACUACACCGACAACGCCACCCACCUCCGUCAAAAUGGAUAAGGAGUUACAGAAUGCACUGCAAGAAUUUGAUUUUCUGCAACAUGUCGAUCAGCCACAGCAGCUGCCACACGUGGAUCUCCCGUCGAGGCCAGAAACAACCACGCAAUCCCAGACACAGCAGCAGCAGCAGCAACACGUGGGACAGGAGUCCAGCUCAGCCCUGUCGCGUGAGCUUUUCCGACCGGUGCUGGCGAUGCCACCCGUUGUUCUGAUGGGCGGAACGCACUUUGGGGUGCCCGUCGUCACGCCCAGUCCCAUUGUCGAAAUGCCACCGUCGCCGGCGCCGAGUCAGUUGCAAAUUGUUGACUUUCCUGAUGACGAUUGCAUCGAGGUGGUUCAACCUUUGGAGAACCUAUCAAUAAACAACAAUCCGCAAUUUGCUGGAUCGGCAAUGCCACAGCCAAUGUUCCAUCAUGCAAUGCCCAAAUACCAUCCGCCACCGACUCAGCCGCCACCAGCUCCGCCAGUUGCUCAAAUGUCUCGGCCUCCAGCUCAAGGAAUUGUAAUUCCGCCACCGACUGAGUUCAUUGGCGAUGGCCCACCGACUCCAGCAUCCAGAAGGCCCAUUCGUGGUCAGCUCCAGUACCGUGACAGUGCAUAUGAGUCACGACGUCAAUCCCAGACGGCCGGACUCAAUAUUGACAGCUUCAAGUUGCUCAGUGUACUGGGCAGGGGGCAUUUUGGUAAGGUGAUCCUGUCGCAGUAUCGCAAUACAGGGGAAUAUUUUGCCAUUAAGGCGCUCAAGAAGGGUGACAUCAUAUCGCGCGAUGAGGUGGAAUCUCUGUUGAGUGAGAAGCGUAUCUUUGAAGUGGCCAAUGCCAUGCGUCAUCCCUUCCUCGUGAACCUCUUUGCGUGCUUCCAGACGGAGCAGCAUGUUUGCUUUGUGAUGGAAUAUGCAGCUGGAGGGGAUCUUAUGAUGCACAUCCAUACGGAUGUCUUUUCUGAACCUCGAGCUGUCUUCUAUGCUUCAUGUGUUGUCCUUGGACUUCAGUAUCUCCAUGAAAGCAAGAUUAUCUAUCGUGAUCUCAAAUUGGAUAAUUUACUCCUGGAUACAGAAGGCUACGUAAAGAUUGCAGAUUUUGGACUGUGCAAGGAAGGAAUGGGCUUUGGUGAUCGUACAGGAACUUUCUGUGGGACACCAGAAUUUCUGGCCCCCGAAGUCCUCACGGAAACAUCUUAUACACGUGCCGUGGACUGGUGGGGCCUGGGUGUUCUCAUCUUCGAGAUGCUCGUGGGUGAAUCUCCUUUUCCCGGUGAUGACGAGGAGGAGGUGUUUGACUCAAUUGUCAACGACGAAGUGAGAUAUCCACGAUUCCUGUCCCUAGAAGCCAUAGCAAUUAUGAGAAGGUUGCUGAGAAAGAAUCCUGAACGACGCUUGGGGUCGUCAGAGCGUGAUGCAGAAGAUGUUAAGAAGCAGGCUUUCUUCCGGCAAAUUGCCUGGGAUGAUUUGCUCAUGAGAAAAGUGAAACCACCGUUUGUUCCAACAAUUCGUCAUUUGGAAGAUGUGUCGAACUUUGACGAAGAAUUUACAUCAGAGAAGCCACAAUUGACACCACCAAAGGAACCACGUCCGUUGACUGAAGAAGAGCAAAUGUACUUUAAGGAUUUCACCUAUAUGGCUGAUUGGUGUUAAAAAGAUCGAUCCCAAAACGUAUUUACUAGAUAAAAGAAAUAAGCUGAAAGUCUUACGAAUAUUUAAGAAAUUAGACAAUAUUUAAAGAAAAAACUGUUUAUUGUUGGCAAUUUUUAUUCAUCUUGCCUGAGAAUUUUUCUUAACAAUGGUACGGUUUCGAAUUUUCUCCUCAAUAUUUAAAUAGAGAUGGAAAGGAUAUUUUUUUAUUAGUGAAGAUGAGCAUCGCAACAAAAAUUAGAGCUUGAUACAUUGCAAAACAAAAAAGAAUUAUUGUGGUAGAAAAAAAAAGAAUUUAUUGUGGUCACCAUUGGUUCCGUAGAUUAGGAGAAAUAGACUCUCAAUAGUGGUGGAAAUUUGUUUUUUUUUUCUUGUGAUGAUGAUAAAUUGUUCUGAGGAAAUUGCGCGUAAAAUUGCAAUGGUGGAGAAAAUGCUGAUAAGGUUUCAAAAACUAUAUUUACUAUUUAUAGAGUGUCAAGUUGAAAUAAUUAAAUAGAAUGUGUAUGCUAUUAGUUGUGAAAAUAACAAUAAUAUUUAACUAGUUGUCAUCAGUUUUUUUUUAUAUGCAAGAUGAAGAUUAAAUUAAAUGAUGAUUUUCUCUUUGAUUUUAUUAAAUUGUAUCCAAAGUGGAUUUGCAAUUUUCACUGUAAAUAGAUAAAGAAUUUUUUUUUGAAACGAUGAUGGAGAAGUUAAAAGCAAUUGCAGAACAUUUUUGCCAAAUUAUCAAUUCUAAAAAAAAUAAAUAAAAAUAAGUCGAGGUGAAAAUUCUGUAGAUUCUUACUGCGUUAUCGAGAAAAAUAAAAUUAUCAAAAAAAUAGCAAAUUGAAAAAAAAAGAAAAUCAAAGUGUAAUAAAUAUCAUGUCGAGAUUUUUCCUCUAUUAUCACUAAUAUUUACUAUUAAAAUAAAUAUCAUUGACAUUUUCCCCUUAUUCUAACUAUUUUUCCCUAUAUUAGUGUUCUAUAUCUCAUUAAGAUUAUCUGUCUGCAAAUUUUAGAGACUGCUCCCCAUUUUUUGAAAACUUACAUUUCGAUCGGCAGUCUAAUAAAUGUAAGUUUUUUUUUAGGAAGUUUAUUUAGAUGAAAAAUGUAACAUUUUAUUAAACUAUUUUACUUCUAUUUGUAUUUUAUAUCAGUAAGAUAAAUUGAAAAGGAUUUGUUCAAAUAUUUAAGGUGCCUUUUAAUGAGACGAAAAAUCAAAUAAACAUGCAAAAAAAAUUGUCCAA